CAUUGUCAAACAAAGAUUUAUCAUUAAAGUUUUACAGCAGUAUUUUACUGAUUUUCUGGAUAUAGCAUCUACCAGGAGGGACUAACUUUCUGAAGCUAACCAACCAAAUAUUGACUUUGAAAGGCUUUAAAUUUAAACUUUAAAAUUUAAAUUUGAAUAUUUUUUUAUAGAUAAAAGUGAACUUUCCAGACUCCUGAAGUCACAGUCACACCCUACAACAAACCAGUCUUUCUUGGACACGUCCCAUAAACACAACCAGGAAACUAUUUCACUCUUUAGCUGUAAGAACCUGCAGAGUAAGUCAUUGUUGAGCUGUUGUUGAGUUCAUAUACAGUAAAAUGGCAGAAGCCAAUAUUUCAGUGGGACAGGAUGAGUUCAUGUGUCCAGUGUGUCUGGAUCUACUGAAGAAUCCAGUGACCAUUCCUUGUGGACACAGUUACUGUAUGAGCUGUAUUACCGGCUGCUGGAAUCAGGAUGAUCAGAAGGGAGUUUAUAGCUGCCCUCAGUGCAGACAGACCUUCACUCCAAGACCUGCUUUAGGUAAAAACACCAUUUUGGCUGAAAUGGUGGAGAAACUGAAGAAGACUAAACUCCAAGCUGCUGUUCCUGCUGAAUCUGGAGAUGUGGAGUGUGACAUCUGCACUGGAAGAAAACACAAAGCCGUCAAGUCCUGUCUGGUGUGUCUGGAAUCUUACUGUCAGACUCAUUUUGAACGUCAUGAAGAAUUUCGCUCAAGAAAGCCACACAAAGUGAUCGAUGCAACUGGACGACUCCAGAAGAUGAUCUGUCCUCAACACGGUAAACAACUAGAAAUCUACUGCCGCACUGACCAGCGCUGUAUUUGUUACCUGUGUACAGUUGAUGAGCACAAAAACCAUGACACUGUAACAGCUACAGCAGAGAGGACAGAGAAACAGAAACAGCUGGAGAAAAAUAAAAAAAAAUAUCAGCAGACAAUUCAGCACAAAGAGAAAGAACUCCAGAACCUGAGAGAGGAGGUGAAGAUUCAUAAGAGCUCUGGGCAGAAAGCAGUGGAGGACAGCGAGAGGAUCUUUACUGAACUGAUCCGCUCUAUUGAGAGAAGCCGCUCUGAGGUGACACAGCUGAUCAGAGAUCAGGAAAAUGCUGCUGUAAGUCAAGCUGAAGAACGACUAGAGCGACUGGAGCAGGAGAUUGAAGACCUGAGGAGGAGAAAUACUGUGCUGGAGCAGCUUUCACAUACAGAAGAUCACAUUCAUUACCUGCAGAGUUUACGUGGAGGGUUUGUCAUGCCAGUACUUUCUGUGCCUGAGGUUGGAAUCACUGCCAGUCCUCUCCUCUAUGAUGAUGUAGUAAAAUCUGUCUCUCUGCUAAAAGAGAAACUCAAGGAUAUCUGCAAAAAGGAGACAAAAAAAAUAUAUGAUAGAGUGCAAAACAAUGCGACCAUUCCCAUUUCUGAAGAUAAAGUGAAACAAUUGCCAGAGCCACGGUUAAAGACCAACAUAGGGACAGCAUCAAGGCCACGGUUAAAGACCUCCUACAGUCUCCCUACAUCAGGUUCAUUGGCGAGCACAAUAAUGGAUGAAAUGUUUAAAAGCUAUCGUUGAAUAAAAGUAUAGAUAUCUUACCAGAAAAUGACUUUGGUAGAAGUUAAAGGCACUGUUUAGAAUAUUACUUGAGUAAAAGUUUUAAAGUAUGUGAUAUUUUUUGUA